CUUACCUCACCUCAACUCAACCCAAAUCAGCCAUUGAAGAAUUCGAAAUAAACACACAACCACCCACAACUCACAACCCACCAACUACCAUACCAUAACAACGACCGUCACAGAACUUCAGAUCUCUACCUAAACCAGAUCUUCGACUACAAUACUCAAUUCAAUUCAUGCGCACAAUCCUGCAGACAAGAAAAAGCAUAAAUACAUACACUCAAUAACCCCACUACAAAUACAUCACAAACAAUCAACAAUUUCCUCGAGAUCAACAACCACCCCUCAACUCGAUAAUAACUCGUAUAUUCUCAUCCUUCAAGAUCAACAUCAUUGCGGCCUUCCUUUCCACCGGCCUUCUCUAGUGUUAUACUAUUUUAUGCUGAACUAAUUGCAUACGAUCCAAGACGAAUUCCAAUAGAACGCGACCUUACUUUCGCGCCCCAACACCACAUCUCAUACAUUUAUUCUAAAGAUACCCUCUUCCAACAAAAACUACAUAUACAAUGGCUGAUGAGCUGGCAAACAAGCUAGCGGCUACUAAGAUCAAUGAUAAUGCUUCCUCGGACAACUGGAAAGCUGGUCUUAACAUCCCAGUAAAAGACACGAGGCAACAGACAGAGGAUGUUACCGCCACCAAGGGUCUCGAAUUCGAAGAUUUCUCCAUCAAGCGAGAGCUGUUAAUGGGCAUUUUCGAAAUGGGUUACGAGAAGCCAUCCCCAAUUCAAGAAGAGGCAAUCCCCGUGGCCCUUACAGGUCGAGACAUACUGGCUAGAGCGAAGAAUGGUACCGGUAAAACUGCCGCCUUCGUCAUCCCUGCACUCGAACGUAUUAACCCCAAAAACACCAAAGUACAAUGUCUCAUCCUGGUACCCACUCGGGAACUAGCUCUUCAAACUUCACAAGUCUGCAAAACUCUUGGUCAGCAUCUCGGCAUCAACGUUAUGGUUACUACUGGUGGUACUACCUUACGAGAUGAUAUCCUGCGUCUCCAAGAGCCUGUUCACAUUAUCGUCGGUACACCUGGUAGAAUCCUCGAUCUAGCUGGAAAGAAUGUAGCCGACCUCAGUGAGUGCAAUAUGUUUGUCAUGGAUGAAGCUGAUAAACUACUCUCACCUGAAUUUACUAUCGUCAUCGAACAAUUACUUCAAUUCCAUCCAAAGGACCGACAAAUCAUGCUCUUUAGUGCAACUUUCCCAAUGACGGUCAAAGACUUUUCGGAUAAGAACAUGGUCGACCCCUACGAAAUCAAUCUUAUGGACGAGCUCACUCUGCGCGGUAUUACUCAGUUUUAUGCAUUUGUCGAAGAGAAAGAGAAAGUGCAUUGUCUCAAUACUUUGUUCUCAAAAUUACAAAUCAACCAGUCGAUCAUCUUUUGCAACUCUACAAAUCGAGUCGAACUUCUUGCCAAGAAGAUUACCGAAUUAGGCUAUUCAUGUUUCUACAGUCAUGCUCGUAUGAUUCAAGCCAACAGAAACCGCGUUUUCCACGACUUUCGAAAUGGUGUUUGCCGCAACCUUGUUUGCUCCGAUUUACUCACUCGUGGUAUUGACAUUCAAGCUGUGAAUGUCGUUAUCAACUUCGAUUUCCCUAAGAACGCUGAAACUUAUCUUCAUCGUAUCGGUAGAUCUGGCCGAUUUGGACAUCUCGGUCUAGCAAUCAACCUCAUCAGUUGGGAGGAUCGCUUCAACUUGUAUAACAUCGAGCGUGAACUUGGGACAGAGAUUGCUCCAAUUCCACAAAGUAUCCCGAGGAACCUUUAUGUUUACGAGACUCCCGAAAACAUCCCCCGUCCAGUAUCCAACUUCCAAACCAACACCCGUCAGGCAUCAGGACCAGGACGUGAUCAGCAACAACCCACACAGCACUCUGGGAAUCAGAGAACUGGUGGUCAAUAUAAUAAUUAUAAUAAUGGACGCCAGAGUGGCCCAGGCCAAAACCAGAGUCAAGGUCAAGGACAAGGGCAGGUACAAGGACAAGGACCGAGACAAAACCAAGGUCAGCGUCAAAACUAUUCCAGGGGCCGAGGCGGAUUUGGUGGUGGUAGAGGAAGCGGUCAAGGACCACGACAGAACGGUUACGACAACUCAAGAGGAGGUCGAGGCCAGGGUCCUCCACCAGCUCAAUAGGCUUAUGUUCCAACCGUAUUACACGUGAUGAUGAUGUUUGGAGUUUUGUACAUAUAACCUUCUAUUCCCUUUGCGAUAGACUCGAUUUUACGACGGACAUGGCUGCGGGAUUUUUUUGCUCUCGACGUUGAGCUGUUUCUGGAUGCAUCCCACUACUCGACUUGACGUUUGAUUCGGCUCAUGAAUUUCUUCAGCUGUCGCUGAGUUUUCGUGUUUGUAUCAUACGACUCUCGUUUUUCAAUUUUCUCUCUUUCAUUUUUUCGACAGAUAACUACUUUGGGUCGCAUGAGUAGUAGCGGAUAGCAAAAGUUUCAGCGAAUUCGCUCUGGUAUGACGGCAUGGCGUAAUGGGAGGGCGUUCAAUGAAGGUACUCGCAGGAGAAACUUUUCUAGUCUAGACCGGUUCUGCUGUAAAGGCAUUUCUGGAAUGGGCGAUGGGUAAAUCUAUUUUCUUCAUCUUAUGGGCUCAUGGUAAUGAGCAUUUGAUGAAUGGGUGGUGACGGGUGUGCCAACGGGUGGACGAUUUGUUUGUUGGGUUAAUGUUAGUAAAGAUGAUUCAAUCAACAAUGACUCAUGGCUGGCAUUGAUGAGAAGCGGAGAGCAGGAGAUCGCGCUGCUGAGAGUGCUUUACAAUGGCAAUGAUGGUCACUUCUCACACUCUCGAAGUGGGGAGCACGACAUCUUGGGAUGAGGGGUGUUCACAGAAAAAUAACAAAAAAACAUUAGGGAGGAACCUACGAUAUUGAUGUUAGUUUGGAUCGAGCAUGGACUUGAUAGCUUUCAUCAUCUUCAGACAAUACUAUUCUUUCUCUCUACUUCCAUCUCGAUGAGUAUGAUGAUGAUGUUGAUUUACAUGUGAUACUGUAGUACCGCAUUGAACUUGGAUAUAUAUGACGGUUUGAAACAUCGAAGUUUAUAUGCAACAGAGCCCCUUACAUGAUGUUACGCACAUAUGCAUGCCGGUCGGUCGGUUUGUCAUGUACAUGGAAAGUGGCGGAGAGUAUGAAAUUCCAAUUUCUAGUUUCAGUAUCUGAUAUACACAGGGAUUAAACGGAAGCUGCAACCUCUGAUGUACAAAGUGGAUCCGAGCUGAGGUAACCAUAGCUAGCACGGCAGUGAGGCAAUGAGCACACGUACAUGUACUUAUUCUUCCGUGUCGGUCAAUUCGCUGAUGAGUGAUGUUACAAUACAUGACCUUCCCACUCCAUGGAUCAGGAAUUUUGGAGGGCCAUCAUAACAGAGGGUCGCAAAAUGUUACCUCGGGGUUCUGGCCAAAUACUCGUGGCUGAGCUGCUAGGUGAUACGAAAUGACUCCCUUGGAUUUGAUAGAACGGAUGAGCGCAAGGGAACAAAUAGAACGAAAAGGUACCACGAGACACCAAGAAGAACUAAGGGCAUGAAGUGCGCA